UUUAAGGCGCCUCAAACAACGGUUGCGUUUUUCUGCCAGCGCAAAUGUUCUGCGUUGGUAACUUGCGGAUCUUUAGCCUUGUAGUUGAAUAUUACUUGUUUUAAUAUGAUUCCCUCAACUUGGGAUGAGCUGAGAAUACAAGCUCGCAUACUGGAAAGUGAAAUUGAUGCCAAGCUAGCCGCUUUUGGAAAGAUUGGUGCCCGUCCAAUUGAGCACAAACACCCUCCACGCUUUAGUACUUCUGGGAUAUUUGACAAUAGUAGUUCCACUCAAACAUCCACAUGCCACGAACAUUUUGACGCAAAUUUCAGUGUAAUGUGCACUGAAAUCGAAGAACAGUUACAAAAACUCACUCAAAUCAAUGAAAGGAUGGCUACUUUUGUUCCAGAAACAGAAACCACACCUACCUCUUUUGAUUCUACCACACGGAAUCCUCUUAAUCCAACCAAUAUGGCAGCGGGUAGACUUAGUCAACUGCAUACAGCUAAAAGACAUCGGGAAAUCCUACGUGAUUAUGCUCAGGAAUUUCGUCAAACAAAAGCCAAACUUAUUGCUGCUCGUGAACGGGAAAAUCUGUUGGGAUCUGUUUAUAGAGACACAAAUUCUACAACUGUAAAUCUCAGUGGUAAUUUUACCUCAAGACCUCAGUCUGAAGUAGAUUCUUCCGGUGGUAAUCAACGUCCUGGUGCACAGUCAAAUAUUUCAAGUUCAACACGUUUACUUUUAGAUGAACAAGAGAAAUAUCAUCGUUCUAAUCGUUUAUUAGAUGAACACUUAGCUGCAGCGUCAACGAUACGCGCUGCAUUACGUGCUCAACGUUUUGCUCUACGCACUGCUUCAACAGGCUUAUCGAAUUUAAGUUCCCGUUUUCCACAGGUGAAAAAAUUAAUCGGUAAAAUUGACUGGCGUCAUAAACAAGAUUCAAUUGUUUUAGGGCUAGUAAUUGGUUGUUGUGUUGUGUUUCUUUUAAUUUAUCGAUUUAGCUGAGUUACAUAAAUGUGCAUAUAUAUACAUAUACAUAUUACUUAUUUUUUAUAGAAAGUAGUACUCCGCUACUUUGGUUUAUUGAUAUCGUGUUAUUAUUAUUAUUGUUAUUAUCAACAAAGCCUUAGUGCGUGUUUCUCUCUGCUGUACAUGUUAAGGUCUAUAUAAGAAAAAUGAUGAAAUUGAUUUUGAGUUGUAUUUCUUCUACUCCUUUCCCCGCUCUGCCUCCGCCUCCUUCAACUCCGUUUUUUUCUGCUUUCUUAUCAUCACAUCUUGUUUUCCUUGAAUGCACGCACUCAACAACAAAAAAGAUGUUUGAUUGUGAUAUGAAUCAGAACAAGUGUAUCUUACUUUUAAUCAAUAGGAAGCGAAAUUUGAAUUACGUCCAUUGCUUAGGGGAGAAAAAAAUAUAAAACAAAUGUCUUUCAUCAAAUCAACUGGAUAUACAAAAGGGAUAGUGGAAAUCAAUUGAAAUUCCAGUGAAAGGAAGGGAGAGAGAGGUGUGUGUGUGUGUGAAAGUGUCAAUCUAUGGUGCAGCAACAGGAUGAAUAGUUUAUAAGUAUCAUAAUAUGUGUAUACACAUCUGUUGAAAAAAAAAUGGUUAACUCAUAAACGGUUGAUUUUCAUGCAAUUUUAUGUACUUCUCUUCUCUUUUUCCUUUUUUUUCAACCAUUGGUUUGUUUGUUUCACUUCAUGUUCUUUUCUUUACAAAGAAGAAAUAAAAAAAUAUAUACUG